GGGGGGGCUGGCACCGGCUAUAAAGGCAGAGCUCCCCGGAGCAGUCGGCACUUCCCAGCCACCAUGAGCGGUCCCCUGGCCUGACAGCCCCUGCGUCCCCAGGGCUCCCCGGCUUAUGCCACCUUAAAGCUCGGCUGCGUGCCUGCGGCAGCGCCGGGGUGGGAUGGUGUGAGCCCAGAGCCGCUCUCCUCCCUCCCGCCGCCCCUCGGCUGGCUCUGGCAGGAGGCGAGCCCGCCAGCCGCUUGGAUGAUUUGAUUUCUUCCUUGCCCGAAAUUACUCCUGCCCAGAUGCUGUGGAUAAUAUUCAUGUUGCUGUUAUUCAUCAGCUCCAUGGAAAUGCUCACGCAGAACCGAUGGAAGAAGCAAGCGAGCGCCGGCCUGCUGGAGAACUGCACGGGCUGCGUCCUGUGCUCGGAGGACAAUGGCUGCAUCACUUGCCACCACCGGCUCUUCCUGCUCAUCUGGAGGGACGGCAUCCGCCAGUACGGGAUGUGCGUCCACACCUGUCCCCCCGGCUACUUCGGCGUGCGGGGGCUGGAGGUCAACAGAUGCACAAAGUGCAGGUCGCCCAGCUGCGAGAGCUGCUUCAGCAGGGACUUCUGCAUGAAGUGCAAAGACAAGUUUUACUUGCACAAGGGCCAGUGCUUUCGGCAGUGCCCCCCCAGCACCGCGGCGCAGCCCGGCACCCGCGAGUGCCAAGAGACGUGCGAGCCGGGGCCGUGGAGCGAGUGGAGCGCCUGCACCCACGAGGGCCGGACCUGCGGCUGCAAGUGGGGCUUGGAGACGCGGGUCCGGGAGGUGGCGGGGGCUGCCAAGGAGGAGGGGGCCGUCUGCCCCGCGCUGCUGGAGACGAGGAGGUGCCGCAUGAGGAAGCACUGCCCGGGAGACAAAACCGAACCCAAAAAUAAAGGCAAAAAGCGACAGAAGAAGCCGAAGACAGAACCGCACGCGGGUACCUAGCGGCACCCGGCAUGGGAACCGGGGCGACACGGC